AUGAUGCUGAAUCCUGAUAAUAAUUUACUAUCACGAUUCUGCAUGUGCACCGGGAAACCGCCGUCAAACGAGUGCCCCGAGCAUCGCUGGUCAUCUCACAUUCCCCGCAUGGAGAGUAGGGAAACGGCUUCAGGGCAUAGCCCUCUGGCCGUGGGUUCUUCCGCCGCCCAAAACUAUGGGAGCAUCCCUGGAAGGACUCACCUGGGACCCUGC